CAGUUAAAUAAUCUUUUUUUCUCUCAAAAAAAAAAAAAGAACACAAGCUUGAUUCUCUUCUAAAAUACAGAGUCAGCUGUCAGUGAUCAAUACAAGCAAGCGAUUCCAUAGCCAUGGCCAAAAGCUCCUUCAAGCUAGAACACCCUCUCGAAAGGAGGCAGGCAGAAUCAGCUCGAAUUAGGGAGAAAUAUCCUGACAGAAUUCCGGUUAUUGUGGAGAGGGCUGAAAGAAGCGACAUACCUGACAUUGACAAAAAGAAAUACCUGGUUCCGGCUGAUCUCACUGUCGGUCAGUUUGUUUAUGUGGUUCGGAAAAGAAUAAAGCUCAGUGCUGAGAAGGCAAUAUUCAUCUUUGUCAAGAACAUUUUGCCUCCUACUGCUGCCAUGAUGUCAGCAAUUUAUGAGGAAAACAAAGAUGAGGAUGGCUUCCUGUACAUGACCUAUAGUGGGGAGAACACAUUCGGAGCAUCAUUCGAGUUGCAAUCAUGCUGAAGUUGUGCCAUUAAAAGUUUGAGAUGGCAAUGGACAGAUAUUCCUGGCAGGUUGUCCCAGGAGCAAGGGCCGAGGUUCCUGCCGUGUUCUGCUGGGGGAAACAACGAAGCUAUCUGCUGCAUUUCAAAUCCGAUGUUAUCAUCUGUUACCACUGAAGAUUGGCCGUUGGAUAUAUCCGCACUGUCGCUAUACAACUCGGGCUGCAUCGACGAUGGAAGGUUGUUCAAAACCUUGGUCAAGUCUUCAGGCAUUUCACUCAGCUGGUCUCCAACUUCAAGUUUCGGAUCAUAUCCUGUUUCAGAUCAAGAAACAGAAAUAUCGCUGCUGCAAUUAGAAUUACUAAAUCGAGGAACAAGAAGAUGCGAAGGUGAUAUAAUUACUAACCUGGUGAUAAAUCAAAAGAAUUUGAUUGAUCCCAAUGAGUGGCAUAUCCUUCAGAAAUGUACAUUUUCGGUUGUUUCUGUUCUUGAAAAACCAUAUUGUUCUGUUCUGUAGAAGUCUGUCCACAUUCAUUAAAUACCUUAGCCUCUUGAAAAAGAUCUUCCAAUGAAAAUCCCAGUUUUCCAUUAACCUUAUCUUUAAUAGAACUACCAAUUUUCUUCUUAUUAACUCUUCUACCAUACUUACUGCUAUUCCCUGGAGUAGCAAUACCGAUCCCCAUACUCCUAUUCUGAUUACUCGUCGGCGAUAAAUAUUGGUUUGAAGGGAGCUCCUGCUGAGUAACCGCAGCUAAAAGCGAACACAUUUCUUGAUUCUCCUUUUGCAUCUCACUAUGAAAAUCACCACUGCCCCCGUUCAUCAAGCUUGCAUAACAAUUUGGUAUCUGAUGAUGACCGCCCAUCGGAGAAGUAGCAUGUUGCAGUGGGGAUAAGGGCAUUGAAUAAUGCUGUGGGUGGUUAUUAUUCAUAGUCGAGUUAUUUCCGAGAGUAGGAAUAUUGGGUGACGAGGAGAAGCGUUUGAAUCGCAUCGGAGUUUGAAGGAUUGGAGGUGUUCGCGGUAAGUUGAAGUCGAAAAGAGGCAAUGUAGGGAAACUUGUGGUGCAAGGUGUUGUGGAAGGUGACGACAGAGGAGAUAAAGGCGGUGGCGUAGAAGAAGCGUUAGCACCAGCAGCAAUAUGAUGAGAAGCAGCAGAGUUAGGUGUGUGUGGAUGAUGAUGAGUUGGUGAGUGAAGCUGUUGAUGAUGAUGAGUUUGGAAUGAAAAUGAAGAAGUUGGUGUUGUGGGUGUAGAAUGUGAGUUUGAAUUGGGGUUAGUGUGAUUUAGGUGAAAAUUAUGGUGACUUUGAGAGAAAUCAAAGAGAGGAAGAGUAGGGAAGCUAUUAUUGGAAGUAGUGGUGGGUGAGAGAGGAGGAGGAGUGGCGGAAUUUGGGAGGCUGUGGUGGUUAUGGAGGUGGUGGUGGUGGUUUUGGUUUGGUGAUUGAAAAUGAUGAGUUUGGAAUGUGAAUGAAGAUGUUGGUGUUGUUGGAAUUGAAAUUGAUGGGGAUUUGUUGCCGUUGUGGUGGUGGUGACCAUGGUGGUGGUGGUGGUGGAAGUGAGGACUUGGUGGAUGUUGUGGCUGAAUAUCCGGCGGAUACAGAGGUAAUCCUUGCCGUUGAUGUCUCUUCACUCUUGUGUUCCAGUAGUUCUUGAUUUCGUUGUCUGUUCUUCCUGGAAGCUGUUCAUAAACAAACACAAUUCAUCAAGAAAAUUCACAAAAUCUAUAAACAAACAAUCUCCAAUAAAUACAGAAAAAUAAAUAUGAGCAUUAGGGUAAUUUUCUUUUA